GGCACGGCGCGUCGAGGGGCGGGGCCAAGAACGGAGCCAUGACGUCACGUCGGAAUCCAACCCGUCAGACGCCUGAGAGAGAGACUGGCUGGCUGAGAGAGAGAGAGCAAACGGAUUGGAGCUAAUCUGUGAGUAACGGACACACUGCAUGAUGCGUGAAUACAAGUUAGUAGUCCUCGGUUCUGGAGGUGUCGGCAAGUCUGCACUGACUGUUCAGUUUGUUCAGGGGAUCUUUGUGGAGAAGUAUGACCCCACAAUAGAAGACUCGUAUAGAAAGCAAGUAGAGGUGGAUGGCCAGCAGUGUAUGUUGGAGAUUCUGGACACUGCAGGGACGGAACAAUUCACAGCCAUGAGGGACCUGUACAUGAAGAACGGCCAGGGCUUCGCACUAGUAUACUCCAUAACUGCACAGUCUACAUUCAAUGACCUGCAGGACUUGAGAGAACAGAUCCUGCGAGUUAAAGACACUGAUGAUGUGCCGAUGAUCCUGGUGGGGAAUAAAUGUGAUCUGGAGGAUGAGAGAGUGGUGGGAAAGGAGCAGGGACAGAACCUGGCCCGCCAGUGGAACUCCUGUGCCUUCCUUGAGUCCUCCGCAAAGUCCAAGAUUAACGUCAAUGAGAUUUUCUAUGACCUGGUCCGGCAAAUCAACAGGAAAACCCCAGUACUUGGAAAGCAACGCAAAAAAUCCACCUGUCAGCUGCUCUAAUACACAGCUGUUCUGUUGCUCUGAGCCAGGUCUGAUUUGCUGCUGCUUCUGUCAGCAGUGCCAGCAUUCCGACGUUACUAAAACCUAACAUCGAAUGGACUUUCCUGUGUGGUGAUGCCCCUUUAAAGAAACCAACCGACAGAUUCAAGGCUACAGUAUCAUAUUUUUUGCACAUAAAUAACCAACACUUUCCAGAGUUGCAAGAAAGAUUUUUACUUAUAAAUAUAUAAAUAUAUAUUCUAACUGUAUGCAACUAAAAUACACCAAUAAUUACAUGGAUAAACAAAUAAAGUCCUAAAAGAAUUUUAAAAACACAGAGCCUACACACAGUGUUAUUGCUAACGGAGUCAGCCACCGUUGGAAAAGUAAGGAGCGUGUGUUGAACCUGACUGUGCACGUUGCCAUGGCAAUUACAAUGAUGCGAUAUUUAUAAGCACCACUAUUUUAGCCAGAGAUGAGAGGAAGUCCAAAGACACCUAUAUAGUCCAUUUCGUACAGCUAACUUUGCUCCUUGGUUUCUGUGCAUUUCUUUCUGUAGAUUUUUGUCUUUUGUAACAUUUGUUUUGUUUGUUUGUUUUAUUUUUCAUCCUAAUUUUUUUCUCCUUCUCGCCUUUUCUCUUUUAAAAAGUUACUAGUUUUUUGCUCUGCCAAGAUGGUAUAUCACAUAAACUAUUGAUAUGAGUUUUAUCUUUAGGAAAACCUGUGGAUACAUGUAUGUGUAAAAAUUAAAAAAUAUAAUGAUUUCUGUCACUAUUAUGUUGUUCUUAGCCUCAAAUGCCUUCAAAUAUGUAUUUAGAUCUUUUUUUUCCUUUCUUUUUUUUUUUCCUCAGACGAAUCCAACUAAAACAAAUCUCAAUCCAUCUGUCAUACCAGGUUUCUUGUCUUGUUUACAGAGACAUUUGUACAGAUUGGGGUGCUCACGAGGGGGCACUGUUGAAAGGGACGCUUAUGCUUCACCUUGACAGAGUGAAAUAGAAUAAAUCAGCUUAGCAUUAUGUGAUCUUUCAUUGAUAGGAUAUGAACCGUUCAAUCCCUUUCACAGACAAUUAUGAUUAAUAAUUUAUUAAAACUGUGCUUCUAAUUGUUUGCAAGUUGGUGAUUUCCAAUAAGUCUUUUUGUAAGCUCCAAUAAUGUGCAAUUGUUAAUUCCUUGAUAACUUAUAAACAUGUAGUAACACAAAGAAUGCUAAAAAACUCUGUCUAUGAAUAAUCAACUGUAACAUUUGUUAAUUAAUUAAAAAAGUAAUAAAUUGUUUUACAACUUAUGAGGAAUAAUUUAAUGUUCACUUUACUCAAAGCACUAAGUGACAUCUUAAGUAUUUAACAUUUUUUAAACCGUAAUAAAUAUUCACAAUUACAUUACACAAUUACAUUACGAAUUAAUAAAGGUUGUGCAGUAAACCACAUGACAUUAUAAUGAACAGCCGCUCUAGUGUUAGAACAUGCUGAUAAAUUCUCAAGGAAUGACACAUUUAAGAUUAUUGGAGCUUUUUAUUUAGCUUUAUUAGACUUCAACGCCAUAUUAUUAGAGUUCAUCAUUACCAACCUACAAAGAGUUAUAUGCACUGUUGUAAUGAUUUAUAAAAUUGACUAUAACUACUCAAUUGAGAUUUUAAUAGAAAAACAUCGAGUAAUAUUACUGAUGUGUUUCUAACUGUAAUCUGCCCUGACCUUUCUCUUGCCUGCGAAUGCAACUAAUCAUUUUGGGUCCUGUCAGUAUAGAUUAAAAAAAACAAACAACAAAAAAAACUUUGCCUGUUAGUGACUGUUUGACUUUUGUAAAACUUGGUUUGAACUGUUUUUUGUUUGCGUUCCUGUUGGAAGUACUGUAGUGAAUAUUGGGGUGGGGACACUGUGUUUCUGAGCAGGGAGAAAAGGGAACAAAAAGAAAAGAAAAAAAAAAGACCAUAUUGUAACCAGUGCACUCCAAUGAGGCAUCUAUAAAGCAUUCAUGAGAUUUGAAGGAUCUGUGCAGCAUGAUGAUACAUAAUGAUGGACAAGUUGAAUUGCAGGCCAUCUUUUAUUCUGCAACAGCCUCUGUGUCUUUCCCAGCAUUUUUUUCCCAACUCAGUAUAAUCUAAGACAAGUGCACCAUGAAUGCUUUAAGUAUGCAUUAUUGAAGUUAGCUGAAAAAAAAAGAAAAAAGUAAUGUAAUAAAAGAUCUAUAAGGUAAUACUUAACCAGUGAUGAAGGUUAACAUUAAGGUCAUGUUUUGCUGAUUGUGUCAACAAAUGCUUUUUUUGGAAUUCUGUUUAAAAAAAAAAAAAAGAUAAAGAAAAGAAAAUCUCAGUGAGGUUGAACCUGCGAGAGAGACGCAGUAUUUGGUAUGAAACUUUCGAAUAACUGUAAAGUUGGGGAAGAGGGUGGGAGGGUGGAGGGGUGGCCAAAUGUAAACUUAAAAGCCUUAAUCGAAGUGGUGCAAUUUUGUAUAAUCGAGCGUCUGUAGUUCAAUAAAUUGGAUUGCCAUGCAAGGGCUUGCAAGGAGCCAGAUCUGCCACUUGAUUGUGUAUUGUUUCACAGUUCUUCUGUCAAUAAAAUCAGUUUAACAUUUGCUCAAA